GCAAGAAACGCAGCGCGCGGGCGGGCCACGCAGGGCGCGUGCGCGGGGCCGGGUGCGCCGGCGGGUGCGGCGGGGCCGGUGCUGCGGGGCUGCACGCGCCAUGUCGGGGCGCUCGGUGCGGGCCGAGACCCGCAGCCGCGCCAAGGAUGACAUCAAGAAGGUGAUGGCAGCCAUCGAGCGCGUCCGCAGAUGGGAGAAGAAGUGGGUUACGGUGGGCGACACGUCCCUGCGGAUAUUCAAGUGGGUGCCAGUGGCGGACAGUAAGGAGAAAGAGAAAUCCAAAUCUAGUAGCAGCACGACCCGAGAACCCAAUGGCUUCCCAGCUGACACCUCUGCCAAUUCCUCCCUCCUUCUGGAGUUCCAAGGUGCUGUUUCUGCAGAUGAGAAUAGCAACCAGAGCUCCCUGUCUGAUGUAUACCAGCUCAAGGUGGACAGCAGCCCCAACUCCAGCCCCAGUCCUCAGCAGAGUGAGUCCAUGAGUCCUGCCCACACGUCUGACUUCCGCACAGACGACUCGCAGCCUCCUACCCUGGGGCAGGAGACCCUGGAAGAGCCCUCCCUGCCUUCCUCAGAAGUGGCAGAUGAGCCUCCCACUCUCACAAAGGAAGAGCCAGUCCCCCUUGAGACUCAGGUAACUGAAGAGGAGGAGGACUCCGGUGCGCCACCUCUGAAGAGAUUUUGUGCUGACCAGAACUCUGUGUGCCACACAGCCUCGGAGAGCUAACCUGCCUGGCCCGGCACCUUCGCCAGCCCCUUGCAGAGCUGCCUGGCCUCCCCAGGACCAGCCCUUCCCUCCAGCCUGCCCCUUCCCCAGUGUCGGGGCUCCCACCACUCGCAUCAAGUGCGCCCUGCCCUACCCUCCCCUGCCCUGCCCUGCCCUGCUCUGCCCUGCCCUGCCCGAUGGAUGGGGCUGCUGCCAGUACCUGCAAGUUUGCCUCUAUUUAUUGGCUCCCUCUCUCUCUGCUCCCUGCCCUAGAGCUGCGGGUCUCUGCUGGGUGGGCUGCAUGUGUGGGGGGGUUCUCCAUGGGUCUCCCUGCUCUCCAUGGUCCCCAGGACACUGGCAGAUUCUGUUUGCCUGCCUGCCCUUUCCCUGGUGCUGGGAACAGGAGAGCCACCUUCCACCUGCUCCAGGUGAUGUGUUCAUUCGGUUGUGGGAGCAGGUGGUGGUGGGUGUGGGGGGCAGUGAGGGGGGGGCCGGCAGGGACCCACUGGGACGCUGUGCAAUAAGCUGCUAAGUUUAAGCCAUUCAUGCUGGGAGAGAGGGGAGCUCUUUCCCGUCCCGGGGGGCAGGUACUGACCGGCCUCGGCUCUGCCUCGGGGCACAACUCCAGCCGAAUGGAAUUUGGAAUCCCCCGGGAGCCGGCAGAGCAGGGGAAGCCACUGCCCUGUGCUGGAGAGCCUUGUCCCGGCCUAGGUACCCACUGUCCCCGAGGUGGGAGAGGAAGCAGCAGGGUGCUGGAGCUCCCCGGAAGCGCUCCCGCCAUGGGUCUGUGCCGCUCCCCAAUACCCGCUGCCCCCCCAGCCUCACUCUCCUCCCGCUGCCACUGCAUGUCCCGCCGAGUCCGUGAUCGAGCCUGGUGAAGCUGGAGGCGCGACCGCGCGUGGAAGUGGAAAGUUAUUUUAGCACUGAAUAGAAUAUUUUUAAAAUUAAAUUGUUUGAAAUACA